GCAAUAUUAAAACUGCUCACGACACGAGAAAGUCAGGUCCAUCCGGACGGGAAGUGAAGGAGGCAUUUCCCCAACUCGUAUAUGCAUGGAUGUCGCAACUGAGAAAGCGAUGUAUCUGUCGGGUAUCCGUUUCCGGAAUUGUCCAGGACAAGAUAUGGCCAAGCUAAAGAAAUCGAAAGCGAGGCGGAGAAGGCGGAAAGAGUUGAUUCUUAUACAGUUAUGCUUGUUCGGAGGUUUCCUUCUCGUCUUCAAGGGGUUGUCCCUCUUAGUUGACGGUCCAGGUUCCAACCACAGUUCUGGUCACCAUGAGAGAUGGGAGGGAAGAAAGCUACUGCAGGAAAUAGACAACAGCAGCACAGUGGAAAUGACCAUAGAAAAUAAUUGCACUUCUCCAGCUCUACACGAGUUCCCCCGAGACCUGUUCACAAACAAAGAGAGAACAGAAGGAGCAGUGGCCUUGCAUGUGUUGUGUACUAUUUACAUGUUCUGUGCCCUAGCCAUGGUCUGUGAUGACUACUUUGUCCCCUCCCUGGAGAAGAUAUGUGAGCAUCUUCAUCUCAGUGAGGAUGUGGCAGGUGCAACCUUCAUGGCCGCAGGCAGCUCAGCUCCUGAGCUCUUCACCUCCAUCAUUGGAGUGUUUGUUACCAAAGGUGACGUGGGUGUGGGCACAAUUGUUGGCUCAGCAGUCUUUAAUAUACUCUGCAUCAUUGGCGUCUGUGGCUUCUUUGCAGGACAGGCCGUGAAGCUCUCUCACUGGGCUCUCCUUCGAGAUUCUAUUUACUAUACCUUUUCUAUAACAGCCCUUAUUGCGUUCAUCCAUGAUGAAAAGGUGUGCUGGUGGGAGUCUCUUGUCCUGGUUCUGAUGUAUGUUAUCUACAUCCUCAUCAUGAAGUUUAACAGCAGGGUCCAGAAAUGCCUCAACCGUCCAAACAAGAGCUCAGUAAAUCUGGUCAGUGAGUUAACAGGAAGCAGUGAUCUGGAAGAUGUUACUUAUGAUGCGACUGCAGCCUCGCUCAACAAAGCGAAUCUCCAAUAUAAACCAUCUGUACUGAUGGUAGAUGAGCUCCUGUCUGUAUACCCACACCAACUGACUUUUUCUGAAGCUGGCAUGAGGAUCAUGAUCACCAGUCAUUUCUCCCCAAGGACCCGCCUAAUAAUGGCUUCCCGGAUGAUCAUCAGUGAGAGACAAAGAGUGAUCAACACCACUGAGACUCGGGUCAACUGCUUCACAAAGAACACUGAUUCGGCAGCCAGUGCCCAGGGAAGGCGGAGCUUACAGAACAAAGCAGCCGAGCAGAGUCUGAAGGGGAGAUACAUGCCUCAGCAACCGGACUACAUGAUGGAGAAUGAAAAUGAGGAUAACGAGAAUAAUGAGAAUGAUGGAGAGAGAAACGAUGGCAAUGAAGGCCCGUUGGUGCCUUUUAAAGCUCCAGUGGGUCUGUGUAACAAGGUGAAGUGGUUAACCAUGUGGCCGUUGUCUUUGCUCCUCUUCUUAACCGUGCCCAACUGUGGCAAGCAGCGUUGGGAGAAAUGGUUUAUGGUCACCUUUUUCACUGCGACCAUCUGGAUCGCUGGCCUCUCCUACGUGAUGGUGUGGAUGGUGACUGUGAUUGGCUUCACGUUCGGCAUCCCUGACGUCAUUAUGGGAAUCACCUUUCUGGCAGCAGGCACCAGUGUCCCAGACUGCAUGGCCAGUGUUAUAGUUGCAAGACAGGGGCUGGGGGACAUGGCCAUCUCCAACUCUAUAGGCAGUAAUGUGUUUGACAUCCUGGUGGGCUUGGGCCUGCCGUGGGCACUGCAAACUCUCUGCAUAGACUACGGCUCCAUUGUGCAUCUUAACAGCAGGGGACUCAUAUUCUCGGUUGGACUCUUACUGGCCUCAGUCUUCUUCACUGUCUUGGGGGUCCAUUUGAACAAGUGGACUUUGGACUGGAAAUUGGGCUUGGUCUGCCUUAUAAUGUACGCCAUCUUCCUCUGUUUCUCUGUCCUCAUCGAGUUCAACGUCUUCAUCUUCGUCAACCUUCCCAUGUGCAGAGACAUCCGCUGACAUUGCCGUCCUCUGCUAUUUUUUUUUUUCCUCUGGCAAAGGAAGAGGGGGCCUCACUUUUCUCUUGUCGCAAACAAUUGUGCCACCAAUGAUUUAUCUUUGGUGGAGUGCACACCGUAGAGUACAGUGGUGUGGUGCAUUAAAGUCUCAGCAACGGAGAUGGUUGCCAUUACUUUUGAAGGCAUCAAAACUUUGGAUGAUAUCAAAACUAUAUCACCACCAACAGUUGGCAAAAAGCUGCUACUGCCUGCCUGACUGAGAAAUCACACUUGAAGUUUUAGCUGAAUUGUUUGUAAGGAGUCUUGCAUAAAACCACAUAAACAAGGUUGAUCUUUGUAAAAACUAAACGAAAACAUCUUUCUCUGUAUGUAUUCAAACUGGCAGUAGCUGGAAUUCUCUUUUGCACAAGUGAUCCCAUGGCAGGGAUCAUUUUUAACUUUAGCACAGCACACUGCUUACGUAUCCCACUACUGUAAUUCACUCCAAUGUUUCAACCUUCCUCCCAUGUUUUUCUGAUGAUGGGGCAUGGUGUCAUCUCCCACUUUGCACUUACACGGGGACUGUAGUUACUUAAAAAUCUUGACAAAUUUUCAAAUUCUAAUUCUGUCCAACUUAAUGCCCAAUCUAAGUGGCAUCUCGCGCAGACACUUUAUUUACUGGCUAUGUGAUUCUGUCACUGGCAGGCACUGGACUGAAAAAUGCUCUCUCUGUGGGGAAGCUUUCGGAGAGUAUUAUGUAAAAACGUUGCCUGUUAAAAGUCCAAUUUUGUAUUGUAAAUGUUAGUUUUGUAUUUUGGACUGCGUGUGUAAGUGUAUAUGCGUGUGUGUGUGUUUGUAUGCACAAAGAGAAGCCAGCGGCAUAAUUUACAGGUACAUAAUCCUAAUUUAUUUCCAAACUAAUUUAUUCAAAGAUUAUGUCCACCACUAGUUUCAGCCCUUGGGUCGUAUGGUGAAAUUGGUGAUGAUGAUUAUGGACCUGAUGCACUGUACCUAAUAUAGAAUAUGGAGAAUCACUUGAUGUUUAUAUUCAAGAAUAGAGCUUUGUACUGUUCAUGUUUUGUAUAACUUGGAAAUAUUUUGCCACAUUCUUAUGUACUAAGAGAGAACAAAAAUGCAUUUUUUCUUAUUUUUAUUUUUUUUUCAACUAAUUCAUUUGGAGAGAAAUAUUGUAUGGCAACAGGUAAUGAAGCACAUCAUGUAAUAUAAGUGUAACCAAAAGUACUGACAUUUUAUCUUUCACAGAUUGUCUCCUCAAUUCAGUCUCAGUGAUCCAAAUUAUUUUCAUCACUUACGAUUUAAGAUGUCAAUAGAGCAAUGCUUGUAGCCAUUUUCAUUUUCCUGUUUGUGUUU